CUAUCGAUCCUGGAUAAAUGUCAUCGCGACAAAAGGCCGAUGAUCUCAGGCGAAAGAUCAAUGGUAUCCUCGCAGCGGGAGGCGAUAUGGCUAUCCCAAUUCUCACGGCCAUCAAUGCUGCCACUGAUAUGUACCCUCCUCUAAAGAGUGCGACCAGUGGCGCACUCUUCAUCAUCAGCGAGGUCCAAAAGUUCAAGGAGAAUAAGAAGGAAUGGGAGGACUUUGGGAAAUACGUCGUCGACAACGUGGCCGAGGUAGUUGCAGCUAUGAAGUCCUAUGAUCCGUCAGCGGAAGCAGAAAAGCCAUGGGUGGAGAGUGCCACGAAGCUUGAUGGGCAAAUUAUAUUUAGGAUUAAGUCCGAAAUCGAGCGAAGACGCACAAAAAUAGAGAAAUGGCCGGCUCCAAUAAAUGCAUUAUCCUACUUAAGAGACCCGGAAAGGAUCGAGGGCCUAAAGAAAGAUCUUGACAAAGCACUGGCGUCCUUUCAGCUUAGGACGAAGUUAAGAAUCGGUGUCAAAGUGUCAGCCAUGGAAGAUGACUCGAUUCUUGGUAGACUCCGAUACCCUGACACAUGCCUAGAAGGCACCAGGGUCGGCCUUACCGAGCGUAUCAUGGCCUGGUGUCACAACACUGGGGACAGCGAGAACCGGGUGAUGCUUCUCACCGCUGUGGCCGGAGCUGGCAAGACUUCGAUUGCCCACACGAUUGCGGAAAGGUGCGAAAGGGAAGGCGCCUUAUUGAUGAGUUUCCUUUUCAAGGCGGGUGAACAGUCGCGGCCUGAUCGUCUAUUCAGCGGUAUGGCUCGAGCGCUGGCAAAUCAUGAUCGAGGAUACCGCUCCUCCAUUAUCUCUGCUCUUCAAAGAGAUCCCACUCUAUCAACAGCGCCAUUUACAUUGCAAUUCAAGAAAUUGGUGGCUCCAUUCCUCUCCCAUCGACCUCCGCUCUCUGGUCGUCCUUUGGUGGUCAUCAUCGAUGCAUUGGAUGAAUGCGACAAAGAGGCAUUUGAGCCCCUUGCCAAUAUUCUUCGGAAGGAAGUCCCCAAAUUACCAUCCUCGAUAAAAUUCUUCAUCACGUCGAGACAAUUUGAUCUUGUUAACCGCUUCCUCUCCCCCGAUUUCCCCAUUGAUCGUCUUACCAUCGAUCUCUCGGAUGACAUGAACGUGCGGGACUGCGCUCUUUACAUUCGUUCCCAGUUGCAGAUGCUGAAGGAUUGUCAUCCUGGCGUACGGAAUAAGCUUCAGGGCGGAGAGAAGGUGGUACGGGCGAUCUUAGAACGAGCAGGUGGCUUGUUUAUUUGGAUUAGCACCAUCUUCCGCUGUAUGAAGAUGGCCAACAAAAACCCUAUGAGGACGCUAGAAAGAUUGCUCAGUACAGGCACCGAUCGCUCAGCAAUGUCUGCUGAGGAAAUGAUGGAUCGCUUGUACACAAGCAUCCUGAAGAAGUGUGAUUGGAGGGACGAAGAUUUUGCACACGACUACCCAGUUGUGAUGGGAGCAAUUUUUGUUGCACAACAGCCCCUGUCUGCCACAGCUUGGGAUGUGAUUUUGUCACCUUUCUUGAAUUCGUCGAUUCGAUAUACGUUGGCUGAACUUGCACCUCUCCCCCCGGGAGUUGAGGAGCCUUACACUCCGAUUCGCAUCUUACACCAAUCCUUCCGUGACUUUAUUCUGGAUCGGAUCGAUCCCCAGUCAAUCAGCAUUCGUUGCGGUCCAGUAGAUGCAAGGAUGGAGAAUGCCAGGAUUGCCCUGCGAUGUACCGAGAUUCUGAACCAGAACCUUCGCUCUAUAGAGGGGGGCUUGGGACUGAUUGAGAACUUAUCCAAACAAGAUGAACUGCCACGCAUCCUCGCGGAGAAGUUAUCGGAGCACAUGCAUUAUGCAUGUCGUCAGAUUAUUUAUCACCUCAGUGGAGUGCAGGAACCGUCACAGGAGCUCGAUGAAUCAGUACACGUAUUUCUCAAUCAGCAAGCCACUCCCUGGAUGGAAAUCUGUGUGAGAAUGGAAGGAUAUAUCAGUAUCUCGAUGCUCCCUGAUUGGGCGAAGUUGGCGGUUGACCAAAAAUCAAAAAAUGCUAUCUGCACGCUGUCCAAUGUGCUUGACCGGCUUCAUUCGAAUUUGAAGUUUUUCUCAAGAUUUGGGGAAGCAUAUGAGGUAGCACGCGAUUCAGUUGAAUUCUGCCGUUACCUUGUUUCUGUGGAGUCAGAGUCCUACAACCCGGAAUUGGCCAGGGCACUCCACACUUUAUAUUUAGCUCUUUCCAACCUCGGACGGUACUCGGAAGCGCUCCCAUUCAUUGAGGACAGCGUCAAACUCCGGCGCAAGCUAGUUGCCGUUCGCCCAGGAUCGUACACCUCAGAUUUGGCAUGGUCACUUAACAGUCUGUACUGUGCUCUCUCAAAUCUCGGACGGCACUCCGAGGCGCUCCCAUUCAUCGAAGAAAGCGUCAAGCUCCGGCGCGAGCUAGUUGCCAUUCACCCAGGAUCAUACACCCCAGAUUUGGCUUUGUCACUCAACAAUCUAUAUUCCCCUCUUUCGAAUCUUGGAUUGCACUCGGAGGCACUUCUGUUCAUCGAGGAAAGCGUCAAACUCCUGCGCAAGCUAGUUGCCGCUCACCCAGGAUCGUACACCUCAGAUCUGGCGUGGUCACUCAACAGUCUGUACUGCGCUCUUUCAAAUCUCGGACGGCACUCGGAAGCGCUCCCAUUCAUUGAAGAAUGCGUCAAGCUCCGACGCGAGCUACGCGAGCUAGUUGCCGUUUACCCGGGAUCGUACACCCCAGAUUUAGCUUUUUCACUUAACAAUCUAUCUGUCUCUCUUUCGAAUCUCGGACGGUACUCUGAGGCGCUCCCGUUCAUCGAGGAAAGCGUCAAACUCCGGCGCAAGCUAGUUGCCGCUCACCCAGGAUCGUACACUUCACAUUUGGCAUUGUCACUCCACAAUCUAUAUAACACUCUUUCGGAUCUCGGACGGCACUUGGAGGCGCUCCCAUUCAUUGAAGAAAGCGUCAAACUCCGGCGCAAGCUAGCUGCCGUUCACCCAGCAUCAUACAACGCAGAUUUGGCUUGGUCACUCAAGAAUCUAUAUAACGCUCUUUCGAAUCUCGGACGGCACUCGGAGGCGCUCCCGUUCAUCGAGGAAAGCGUUGAGCUCUACCAUGGGCUGGUUGCCGUUAACCCAGGAUUACACGCCUCAAAUUUGGAUAUGUCACUCAAUGAAUUACGUACCGCUCUUUCUAACCUUGGGCGUAUCCCGAGGCACUAAUUUGAACACCUCCCUUAUUAUUGCAUCUCGUUGCUACCCGCACUGUAAUGCACACAAGCCGGUUGGGUGUUCAGUUCGGGAAUAUUGACGUUGAUUUUUGCCGUUUCCGCACACCAUUGUGUGCAAUGAUCCUGGAGCCGGGACUUGCAUGAAAUGAUCGGUGUCGGCGCAAUUGAAAGGCGAAAUUGGCGCAUCAGCGUUGUUAGGUAGGCUUCAAUCGAAUAGGUAAUAUCUCGAC